UGGGACCAGUUUAAGUGCUAGAACACUAACCUGAGGCUAGAAUUUGUUUGGAAAAACCUACAACUGUGAGCAGGAGUCUUGCAAAGCGAGUAUUUUCUGCAACUCAGCAAAUGAAAGUAAACGCUCUGCUUACAGUUGAUACCUGCAGGCGGAAUGGUCAUGUGAAAUGGGUUCUCCAGGUUUUUGUUGUUAGGGGUAGUAGAGCUGAACGACCAUCCGAGCUGAACGACCAUCCGAGCUGAACGACCAUCAGAGCUGAACGACCAUCGGAUCAUUUUUAAAAUGAUCUUCAAGACUUUCAAGACUGACUGAUCGCAAUGCAGGAAACCAUCUGGAAGUAGCAGCGCCAUCCCUACCAUGUGACAUCAGAAGCCGCACCAAAGAGGAGAGAACAGAACUUUAAAUAGGCUGCUGACCUCUGUGCACUGAAAGCCAUUAUCACUGGAAACACCUCCACUUUGUUUUUGGCUUCCCCCUCAGCCUGCUGACCACCUGCGUGUAAGGUGCAUGGGGAGUAGGCUGUGACACCGGAGCCUUUACCUGGGAGGAGGAGGAGGAGGAGGAGCGAGGCGGGGUCGGGCUGGACAAAGAGAGUGGAGGGUGAACAAUGAAACAGGUUUGAUGCCGACACUCGGAAUCCGAGCAGCCUCAGUUCCCUCUCACCAGGAUCCCUCCUCCAGCCCACAGCAGAGAUUCAUCCAGAGAAUAGUGUUAUAGGAGUCUGCAAACGUCCGCACGUCGUCAUGGCCAAGGAGAGUUUUGAAUCAGGCCUCUCAUGGGAGGUGAGGGCAAACAGCCGCCACUUUCACAAACACAACCAGAAGAAAUCCUUGUUGUGCUUCGGCUGGGGACGCUACGCGGACAAUGUACUGCGCAGCUACAAGUACUCCCCCGUGACCUUUCUGCCCCUGACGCUGUUCGAACAGUUCCAGCGGGCGGCCAAUCUCUAUUUCCUUCUCAUGGUGGUGAUGCAGUGUGUCCCUGUCAUAGCAUCCGUGCCGUGGUACAUCACCAUGAUCCCGCUGUUCCUCGUGCUGGCCGUGCGAGGCAGCAAAGACCUCAGCGAUGACAUGGCAAGGAGACGCAGUGACUCUCAGAUUAACUCCCGACCCUGUGACAUACUCAUCUCCCAGAGUUUCCAGUCGGCACAGUGGAAGGACCUGUGUGUGGGAGACGUGCUGCGGAUCCACAGAGACCAAGUCAUCCCAGCAGACCUUCUCCUCCUCUACAGCUCAGAGCCUCACAGUUUGUGUUAUGUGGAGACGGCGGACAUCGACGGUGAGACCAACCUCAAGUACCGGCAGGCGGCCGGCGCCACACACUCUGAGCUGACCUCUCACCCCGUAGAGGAAACCCUUGCCGCAUUCGAUGGUGUCGUGCUGUGUGAGGAGCCCAACAAUCGCCUGUACACCUUCAGAGGAGAGCUGCACUGGCGGGGAGAGUGUCAUCUGCUGGAGAGCGAGCACAUCCUCCUACGGGGAACAGUCCUACGCAACACAGAGGUCGCUUAUGGCCUGACCAUAUACACUGGCACGGACACCAAGAUCCUGAAGAACUUCGGAAAACUUAGAGUGAAGACGACGCAAACUGAGAAAGUUUUCAACUUCGUGGUGAUCGGGAUAGUCGUGACUUUGCUGCUGACAGCUCUGCUUCUCGCCAUCGGCAGUGGUGUGUUUUCAAGUCGGGUCACGGGCCACUCAAAUGUUCUGUUGGCUAACGGCAAUCCAGUCUACACCGGGUUCCUCGCUUACUGGAGCUACAUCAUCCUGCUCAGCCCAGCUAUGCCCAUAGCCCUCUACAUCUCGUUUGAGCUGAUCCACACGGUCCACAGCUACUUUAUUGGCUGGGAUAUAGAGAUGUACUGGCAGGAGGCGAACAGACCAGCCCAGGCCAGGAACACCUCGCUGAACGAGGAGCUCGGCCAAGUGGAAUACCUGCUGAGCGACAAAACCGGGACGCUAACUCAGAACCGUCUGCUCUUCAGACAGUGCUUCGUAGCUGGGCAGAUCUACGGUGAUGCAUCAAUCAGAGCAGAGGAUGUGAAGCCCAUGGACUUGAGCUGGAACCCGUUCUCGUGCGGUGGUCUGUGCAUGUCCGCUCCGAGCCUGGUGGAGAAGCUCAGAGUUGAGCAGUGUCCGCUCAGCAGGCAAUUCCUCACUGCACUGUCUCUGUGUCACACUGUCAUGACAGAGUGGAAGGAAGAGUCUCCGGUUUACCAGUCUGCAUCCCCGGACGAGGAGACUCUUGUCGGUGCAGCCAGGGAGCUGGGCUGGGUCUUUCUCUCUCGGACCAGAGACUUUAUGAAAGUCUCUGAGCUCGGGGUCACUCGACAGUACCAGCUGCUGGCGCUGUUGGACUUCACCAGCAAGAGGAGAUGCAUGUCUGUACUGGUUCGGGAGCCAGAGGGUGGGUUAAAGCUGUACUGUAAAGGGGCGGACAUAGUGAUCUUGGAGAGACUGCAGAAGGACUCGCCGUAUCAAGAAUGGACUGAAAGAGCGCUUGAGCUGUUUUCUCAGGCCUGUCUGAGGACGUUGUGUGUUGCGGUUCGAUCUGUUCCCGAGGCGUUGUGGAUGCAAUGGAGUAAAACUCUGGCCCGGUCUGCUGCCAUGGCGACCUGUGACCGUGACGCCGUGCUGGAAAAGCUGUAUGAUGAGAUGGAGCAGGAGAUGCAGCUCCUGGGGGUGACAGCUAUCGAGGACCGGCUGCAGGAGGGCGUCCCUGAGACCAUUGCUCUUCUCCAACAGGCUGGGCUCAAAGUAUGGGUACUAACUGGGGAUAAAAAAGAGACUGCUGUGAAUAUCGCAUAUUCUUGCAAACUACUAGAUCCUGAUACCAGAUUACUGGAAUGGCAGGAGCUGAGGCAGAUACUCCAGGCCCCAGACCCAGGGGCCAAUUUCUUCAAGAGCAGGCAGAUGGAGCUGUGGGCUAUAGACACGAAGACGGCUGGGGCGAAGACUGCUGUGGUCCUCACUGGACCUGAGCUGGCAGAGUUCGAUAAGAGACCAGAAUGGGGGUCCACGUUCAUGAGUGUGGCAGAACAGUGUCAGUCGGUGCUGUGCUGCCGUGUGACCCCCGGACAGAAGGCGGACAUCGUCACGUUGGUCAGGAAACACACCAGCUCAGUCACCAUGGCCAUCGGGGACGGUGCCAAUGACGUAAACAUGAUCAAGACGGCUCAUGUGGGUGUGGGACUGGCCGGAGUGGAAGGAGGUCAGGCGGUGCAGAGCGCAGACUUUGCUUUGUCCCAGUUCAGGUUCCUGCAGAGGCUGCUCCUGAUCCACGGGCGCUGGUCAUACAGGCGCAUUUCCAUCUUCCUGCGCUACUUCCUGUUCAAGACCUGUAGCUUUGCUCUUGUGCACAUAUGGUUUGGCUUCUUCAAUGGCUUCAGUGCUCAGACUCUGUAUGAGACAUGGUUCAUCGCAAUGUACACAGUCUUGUACACAGCUAACCCAAUUAUGUGUCUGGCCUUAUUUGAGCAGGACGUGACUGCAGAGAUCAGCCUGAAGUGGCCGGAGGUGUACAAGUCAGGACAGAGACAGGAGCUCUCCAGCCCUCUGAUCAUUUGCUUGACGCUCCUCCAUGCCGUCUACUCUUCGUUAGUUUUCUUCUUCAUCCCGCUUGGAGUUUUCUACAACACAGCCUUUGACUACCAGACCAUGUCCGUCACUGUCUCCAUGGCAGCCACGUUCACUGCCACAAUUGAGAUCAUGCUGAUGACCAGAUACUGGACGAAGAUCAGUAUCGCAUCUGUGGGUGUCUCUUUGGUGCUGUACUUCAUCGUCACCAGGAUGACCCAGAGCAGAUUCCUGUUUCAGAGAUCGCCCAGCGACUACUUUUUUAUUGGCGCGUCUGAAAAGGCCUUCAUCGAUCCAGUUGUGUGGCUCACAGCUCUGCUCACUGCCUGGACGGCUGUUUUGCCCUCGUUUACCGCUCACGCUCUCUGUGUCAUCCAAACGGCCCAUGAUAAACAUAAGGUCCACAGUGUGUCCCUCCAGCCGACGCAGCUGAAGACACAUUUCAGGAGGGCCACGUCCCUCCGCCGCUCCUCCUACGCCCUCUCUCAGGGAGCCGGGCCUGGACGCCUCAUCAGCUCCGGGACCUGCAUCCGCAGCACAGCACCGCCGGUGGAUGAGAAGGUGACCGCCAGUAAUAACCUGCCCUACUCACAGGGCCAAACUCACACAAAGGACUAUACUAGCACUUCAAUGUAACUUUUCAUUGGGAAAAUAUGUGACUUUAUAGAUUGUCUGUGGAACAUAUAAUUGAAGAUGUUUUGUACCUUCCAUAUUUAUCCUUUUUUUUUUAGCAAAUAUGUACAGCUACUGCUAUCCAAUAAAGUAAAUAAUAUAAACAAAUCCAUUAUGUACCACAUAUCUAGUUUAUUACCUUUACAUACAGGCUGUAUGUACAGACACCUUACCUCUGUAUAAAUAUCAUACUUAUUGAUCUAUAAGACUAUUGUGGUAAAAAUCAAAUUUCCAUCUGGGGU